AUGGGUACGGCUCCAUCGCCAUUUGCGUCUACGAAAGAGACAACCAACUAUGCAAGGCUAUGCCGCCUCCUGGUGGAUAUUGGAUGUCAGGUGCUCCGGUCCACUUUUGACAAAAUACAUCCACCAGCGACGCUACAUACAGUUUUGGGGUGUACCUCAGUGCAUUACGCCAAAUUGCAGUCACUGUACAAAGGGAAGAAGAAAGUGCUGAAUCCCAAGCAAUGGGGAAAGUUGUACCCUACUCACAAAGCUGUGUCUUCUAAAGACUUCGACAUCACACUCCUAACAGUGCUGCUUAGAAAUAUCUGUAGUUUGCGCACCCUACUAAGGGAUGGGAUGAGCUUCCCCCAGCUACAGACAUACGCAUCGAAGAUGACAUCGCCAGAGUGA